AUGAGUGUUAGUAGAAGCACAACACUUCCAAUAAAUGGAGGUGCCACCUCCACUACCACCCCAAACCUACCAUCCUCCCUUGCAACCAAUCAUGCUCGCUCCUUGUGGCGCUCUCGCUUAGGCUCUGCUCUCCGUACCGCACUAGCAUGCACCAUCGUUGGCGUCGCAACGAUCUACACCCCGAGCGUUCUCCGCUCCCAUCUGACCUUCCCUGCCUUCUCCUACGUCACCGCGAUUCUGAUCUCAGGGGAGGCGACGCUGGGGGACUCGUUGCACGGUGCCGCAAGUGCACUGUACGGUACACUCCUCGGAGUACUACCUGCCAUGCUGACCCUCCUCUUCUUGCUCCGGCCUGACGGCUUCUCCAUCACCACCACCACCCUCGCGGUGGUUCUCAGCUCUUUUGCGGUUGCGCUGCUGGGCUCCACCGACCUCAUCGCCAAGCGCAUCGCCCUCGGCCAGAUCGUCAUCAUCUACGCAGCUCCGUUCGAGCAGGUCGGUCCCCAUGACGUCAAGGCUGUGUGGCAUCCGAUUCAUGUGGCGGCCAGCACUGCGGUUGGAGUGGUCGCAUCGGUUCUUGCACUGCUCUUCCCCUAUCCUCGCCUUGCAUGCUAUGAGGUAAGAGAGAAGAGUAAGCUAUACAUGGAGAUGGCGAUGGAGAGGCUGAGGCUUUUGGUGAAUGCCUUUUAUGCUGAUAAUAGUGCUUGCAUGGCCGCACUAAUCUCUCAGGCCAGAUGCUUAACCGCUGAGAGCACUAAGCUUCUUCACAAUAUAAAACUAAAGCAAGCAAGUUCACAGUGGGAAAGGCCUCCUUUCAGGUUCAUACCACUCCAUCCGAAGGAGCCAUCAGAUAGGUUGCAAAACAUAGAGACGCCUUUAAAGGGAAUGGAGAUUGCUCUAAGUUCCACCAAAUCAUUUCCUGUAAAAUUUUCAGACCAACAGCUCAAAGGCAAUCUGCUCAGCCUAAGAGACCACAUUAUUCUUAGACUAAGACAGGAAAACAUCAUGGCUAACACAAAACAAGAAAACUUCGUGGCUAGAAGAGAGCCCCUAGAUCAACCCCAUCUAGCAUUACCUGUUAUCCCUCAAAAUCUCAAAGACUUCUCACCAUUAUUGUUCUUUCUUUUCUGCAUUGACCUCCUUUAUAAUGGAACUCUCACCAACCCCUCAGCCGACGGUGCCCAAGAAAACAGGGUGAUGCCAACCACUGAGCAGGCCACAGUCGCGUCCAAAGAUGAUCCUAGCACCAAAAGAAGGAAUUCCAAGAAUCCUUGCUGCGUGAACGGAAACAGUGAAAGGCUUGUGGUUGCGUUGAAGUGCUCGCUCUCUUUAGGCCUUGCCGUGCUCUUUGGAGUGCUCUUUAGCAAAAGUAAUGGGUACUGGUCGGGUCUCACUGUAGCCAUCACCAUCACCCCAUGGAGACAGGCCACAUUUAAGUUGGCGAAUGAUAGAGCGCAAGGGACUGCUAUCGGAUCGGUCUAUGGAGUAUUAGGAUCGGUCAUCUCUCAAAAUCUUAUGGAACUUAGGUUCUUAGCCCUCCUCCCAUGGAUUAUUUUCACUAGCUUUCUACGACGUAGUCGAAUGUAUGGCCAUGCAGGAGGAAUCGCCGCUGUCAUCUCCACAUUAAUAAUAUUGGGCAGGAGACAUUAUGGCCCUCCUACUGUCUUCGCCAUUGCAAGACUCACUGAGACCUUCAUUGGGCUCUCUUGCUCCGUACUUGUUGAGCUCCUAUUACAACCCACAAGGGCUUCUACUCUGGCAAGAGCCCAACUAUCCGGGAGCCUUCGGACACUCAACGAGUGCAUUGAGUCAUUGAUUCUAUCCACAGGUCCUGUGCCAUUGAAAGAGAAGCAGAAGAAGCUAGAACAACAAGUGAAUGCACUAAGGAAGUACAUUGAUGAAGCUCAGAUGGAGCCUAACUUUUGGUUCUUGCCUUUCCCUGUGGCUUGUUACUACAAGCUCCAUGGUUCCCUGUCAAAGCUGGUGGAGUUACUAUGUUUCCUGGUUCAUGGCAUCGAGUUCUUAGCAGAAGAAUCUCAUGGGCUUGGAGCUGCUAGGAAAGAGAUCCAAGAGACCAUCGGGGGAGAUCUGGAGCAGUUCAAAAUUAUCAUUGGCUCUCCAUUGAAGAAUUUUGAGGAAGUCAUUCGAGUGAAGUCAUUAGGAAAACUGGAAAAGGAGUUGCCGAGGAGGAGCGAGCCUAAUGACCUUGAGCUGGGAAAUUAUGGGUCUCUGAGCGCCGGUGAAGAAGAGUCCGAGAAGGUCGUUGCUCUUUUCCUCCAACAUGCAAUAGAAGUGGUAAAGAGGCAUGAUGUGGAUGUAGGUGAGGACUUGAAGAGCCAAGUGGUCCUUUGCCUGGCUACCUUUGGGUUUUGCACUGGAGGCUUGAUGAAAGAGACCAGAGAGAUAGAGAACGGGAUCUUGGAGCUUCUUCAGUGGGAGAAUCCUGGCAGUCACAUCAAUCUGUAUGAAAUAUCUUGUGAACUAAAAGCUCCCGGCGCAUAA